AUGUCUGCUCCUGCCCCCACCUCCCAGACUCCUCAGCUCACCAAGGACGCUUCCGUUGCUGAGCAGCACGCUGCCAACAGCAACGAUGGCUCUCGCUCUCACAACGACCUCGCCGACGACAAGCUCGCCUACCAGGCUUCCGACCGCGAUCUCGAAAGCCACAAUGGUCGUCCCCCCGUCGAGGCCAUCGAGCCUCACCCUCAGGGUGAGCCUGGUCGUGUCAGCAAGGUCUGGCGCUCCAUUCGCACCCACAAGGCUACCCGCGUUGUCCUUGACAUGGCUCUCAUCUCCUUGAUCCUCGGCUGGUGGUUGCCUGGUAUCAUUCGUGAAGAGACUCGCCACCGAUGGGUCAUUACCACUUUCUGGUCUUGGUUCUUCAUUCUUCUCAUUCUCUUCCACAACGACCGAUACAUCUCCAAGAAGCCUUUCGCCAACGCCAUCGAGACUUUCUGGACCAACUGCGUUUCCAAGCCUUGGAGCAUGGUCCCCCACUACGGUCAGAUUGGUCUCGGAUGGCUCGCUCUCCUCGCUCUCUACUUUGGUAGUGCUUUCGGUAUCAAGGAAGUUCCCGAGUCGCGAUACGCCGACCGUGCUCGUUCGCUUUUCGGUCUUUUCCUCAUCAACUGUUUCUUCUACCUCAUCUCGACCCGUCGUGCCGCUAUCAAGCUCCAGCCAAUCUUCACUGGUCUCGGUCUCCAGAUGAUCAUUGGUCUUUUGGUUUUCAAGACUGGCGCUUUCUUCAGCGUCGCUAAGUGGCUCGCCUUCGCCGCUGCAGACUUGCUCGCUCAGGGUCAGCUCGGUGGUGCCGCCUUCUUCUGGGGUGACCUUGCUGGUCAGCACUACUUCUUCAUCGACACUUUGUCCUCGAUUAUCUUCUUCGUUGCGCUUGUCGUCUUGCUUUCGUACCUCGGCGUUAUGUCGUGGGCUAUUCGCAAGUUUGCUUGGUUCUUCUUCAAGUUGAUGGGCAUUUCCGGUGCCGAGGCUGUUGUGGCUGCUGCCUCGCCUUUCAUCGGUCAGGGUGAGAACGCUGUGCUCGUUCAGAGCUUCUUGGACUUGAUGACCAACGCCGAGAUCUUCCAGGUCUUGACCUCUGGUUUCGCUACCAUUGCUGGUUCCGUCUUCCUUGCUUACGUCCAGAUGGGUGUUUCUCCCACUCACUUGAUUACUGCCGCAGUCAUGUCCAUCCCCGCCUCGAUCGCUGCUGCCAAGAUGGUCGUCCCCGAAACCGAAAUUCCCGUUACCGCCGGAUCCGUCAACAUCCAACUCAACGAAAAAGCCGAUGCAGUCGACCCACUCCACGCCUUCUCCAACGGUGCUUGGCUCGGUGUUCGCGUUGCCGCUCUCAUCUUCUGCAACGUACUCUGCAUUGUUUCGCUCCUAUACACUGUCAACGGUCUUCUCACCUACAUCGGUAACUUCUGGACCAUCAACAACCUCACCCUCACCUUGAUCCUCGGCUAUGUCCUUUACCCCUUCUGCUGGUGCAUGGGUGUUCCCAAAGCCGAACUUCUUCGUGUCGCUCAGCUCCUCGCUACUAAGAUCGUCGCAAACGAGUUCGUCGCUUACGCUGACCUCGCAAAGAUCAAGACCAGCGCCAACCCUCUUUCGGACCGAUCGGUGCUGAUUUCCAACUUCAUGCUUGCUGGAUUCGGUAACAUUGGCUCGCUCGGUAUCAACAUCGGUGUGCUUUCCGGUUUGGCUCCUAGCCGUGGUGGUGCAAUUGCCCGAUUGGCUCCUUUGUCGUUGGCCACCGGUAUCCUUGUUACCUGCUCGAGCGCUUGCAUUGCUGGUGUCCUCGGUACCAAGUAA